AGUCAUUGCGCGACGUUAACGUAAGUAAGAGCCCACAUUGCUUUUUGACAGUCAAAAAUGCCCAGAAAGCGCUUGCGAAAGACUGAAAGAGCGCGAUGUGACAUCAGUAAAUAUGAAUAUGCUUAUGAUGAAGUGAAACGCGGAACUUCUUUACGAAGAGCUGCGGAAAUACAUGAAAUUAAUCGCAUGUCGUUGCUGCGAUACAUUCGGAAACGCGAUGAAGCCGGUGCUAAUCAAUGCGAAGGCAGGAUCAGUAUGGGAUAUGUUGCUCAUAAUAAAGUAUUCUCAAACGAGCAAGAACAGCAGCUGACAAAAUAUAUCACACGUUGCGCGGAUAUAUAUUUUGGCCUUUCCACAAAAGAAGUGCGGAAACUGGCAUUUGAAUUGUCAACAAAAUACAACCUAAAGCGACCAACUACUUGGGUUGAAAAUAAGAUCGCUGGUGAGGAAUGGUUCCGUUCAUUCAUGAACAGAAACCCUUCACUAUCUGUACGUGUAGCUCAGGCUGCAAGCGUUUCGAGUGCAACCAGUUUUGAUAAAACAAAUGUGGAAGCUUUUUACAAUAAUUUGCAAACGGUUUUGGAUAGACACCCAUACGAGCCACAAAAUAUAUAUAACAUUGAUGAGACAGGUGUCACUACCGUGCAAAGACCUGAUAAGGUCGUGGCAAGACGUGGCAUAAGGCAAGUAGGAACUGUCACUUCAGCUGAACGUGGCACGUUAGUUACUGUUGCUUUUGCAGUCAAUGCCUUAGGUAACGCAGUUCCUCCUUUUUUUGUAUUCCCGAGAGUACCUUAUCAUGAUCAUUUUGUGAGAGAUGGAUCGGUGGGAUCAAUUGGAACUGCAAAUCCUUCAGGUUGGAUACAGGAUGCCUCAUUCUUAACAUUUCUCGAACAUUUUAAGAAAUUCUCAAAUGCUUCUCUAACACAUAAAGUUUUUCUAUUGCUGAAUAAUCAUUCCUCUCACAUUCAUAUUAAUGCACUAGAUUUUUGCAAAGAGAAUGGCAUUACUCUUCUAUCAUUUCCUCCGCACUGCUCGCAUAAGCUGCAGCCAUUAGACCGAUCUGUCUUUGGACCACUUAAAAAGGCUAUAAAUACUGCUUGUGACGGAUGGAUGAGGAGUCACCCUGGCAAAACAAUGUCUAUUUACGACAUUCCAGGUAUUAUCAAGACUGCUAUGCCGCAGGCUUUCACACAAGCGAACAUUCAGGCAGGUUUCAGCAAAACUGGUAUUUAUCCAUUUAAUCGAAAUCUAUUCCAAGAAAUUGACUUUGCACCGUCUUUCGUAACGGAUAGAUCAAACCCUCACAUUGAAGGUAACAUUCCAUCAACACCAUCUACUGAAACCGACGUACAAAAUCUUGAUUCUGUAAAGAACAAUCCGGAACUCAACAAUCAGAUGUUGCCACCUUUAGAUUCUUCGAUUCCAAUUACAAACCAAAUUCAGCCAAUUGCAUCAACCUCAGCUGCGCCGCCUGCUUUGCCGCCUAAAAGUUGCCGAAUCCAUUCGAUUGCAUCAUCAGCCUCGCACGAAAUUGUCCAGCAGAUUCAGCCAGUUGCAUCGACAUCAGCCACACCGCCUGCUUCCAUGCCAGAAAUUGUCCAGAUUCA